AUGGGAUCAUCCCACAAGAUUGAGGGAAGGAACCAGUACUGGGGAGAACAGCCCGUCUUCUUGCCUUUACAUGAGGAAAGAAUAAAGGUGACUUUAUACUGGUACAAUUACCCUGCUUCUAAAUACCAGAAUAAAGUCACUUUUACUUGGGAAUUAAAUGCUCACAUGGGAAGUCAUUCAAGCAAAGCUACAGAGGCGGCCAGGAAGUUCGGGGGGGGCCCAGCGCUGCAGGGCGGCUUUGACAAAGGCGACGGGGGGCCGCCGGACGGCGAGGACGGGAAGCCCUUCCUGGGCAAGGACGGCGCCCUGCUCGCCUUCUCCGCCGCGGACGCCGUGCAGGCGUCGCUCGUGGGGGCUGUCCGGGCGCAAGGGCAAGAGGACUCGAAAGCGGAGGACGACCCGAAAGGCAAGGAGGAAAGUUUCUCCAUGGACAGCGAUCUCGAUUACAGCUCGGACGACAACAUCACCAGCCAGGCGGCUCACAAAGAAGAGGACUCUGGCAACGCGCUGGAAGAGAACCCCCAGAGCACAAACUCCUCCAACAACACCACGUCCACGGGCAAAAACAGGAGGAGGAGAACAGCCUUUACUAGCGAGCAGCUGCUGGAGUUGGAAAAGGAAUUUCAUUGCAAAAAGUACCUGUCUCUGACAGAGAGAUCUCAGAUCGCCCAUGCCCUCAAACUCAGUGAAGUGCAGGUCAAAAUCUGGUUCCAGAACAGAAGAGCCAAGUGGAAAAGGGUGAAAGCAGGUAACGCCAACUCCAAGACAGGAGAGCCCUCCAGAAACCCCAAGAUCGUGGUACCCAUUCCCGUCCAUGUCAGCAGAUUUGCCAUCAGAAGUCAGCAUCAGCAACUAGAACAAGCCAGACCCUAAUCCGCUUCCCUCUCCCCCCCACCCCUCUCAGAUCCAAAAGUUUUGGAUCAAAAGCUUUGAAAUUGGGUUUAAACAGUAAACCACACAAAAAAAAGACUUUGAUAUGAAACUUGCCACAUAUCGAGCAAAGCGAAAAUUUAUUAAUAAAGAGGUUUUAAAGCUGUGUUUUGGUUCCCAGCGGGAGUACCAGGCCCUUGAAGAGAGACACAACAAAUAUUUAUUAUACUGUCCUACUUUGUACAUACAGUGCUGGAUCUCGGCUGCAGUAUUUGGACUGUGAUGGGACAAAUGACUAGGCACACCAAGUCUUUACAUUCCCGAAGAAAAC